AUGGAAGAAGACGAUGUUUCCAUCAGAGAGCAGAAUUUCCACAGCCAAGUUCGCGAGUACAUUAUAUGCUUCCUCCUGUUCGCAGUUCUCUACAUUGUCUCAUACUUCAUCAUAACACAGUACAAGAAAAAGACUGAUGACCAUGAGGAUGAAGAUGCCAUUGUCAACAGAAUAUCGUUGUACUUGUGCACCUUCACCCUGGCUAUGUCUGGUGGUGCGGUCUUCCUUCUUCCUUUCUCCAUCAUCAGUAAUGAGAUUCUCCUCUCAUUCCCCAAAAACUACUACAUUCAGUGGCUCAACGGCUCCCUCAUCCAUGGACUGUGGAACCUGGUGUCGCUUUUCUCCAACCUUUGUCUCUUUGUCUUGAUGCCCUUUGCUUAUUUCUUCUUGGAGUCUGAGGGGUUUGCUGGAUCUAAAAAGGGCAUAAAGGCACGCAUUCUGGAGACUUUUGUCAUGCUCUUCCUGCUGGCUCUGCUUAUACUGGGCAUUGUGUGGGUGGCAUCAGCUCUCAUUGACAAUGAUGCAGCGAGUAUGGAGUCUUUAUAUGAUCUUUGGGAAUUCUACCUACCAUACCUUUAUUCCUGCAUAUCAUUAAUGGGAGGACUGCUUUUACUGUUGUGCACUCCAGUGGGACUGUCCCGGAUGUUCACUGUCAUGGGACAGCUGCUUGUGAAGCCAACAAUCCUGGAGGACCUAGAUGAGCAGAUUUACUGCAUUCAUUUGCAAGAAGAAUCUCUCCAGAGAAGAUUAAAUGGUACUUUCGUCCGUCCCACCUACCCUAAAACUGGAGUCACCCACCAGCUCAACAAUGAACUGAAUAAUAUUAGGAAUCAAAGGAAUAAAUUGGAGAGAAGAAAGAAGGCCUCAGGUUGGGAGAAGAACCUGUUGUAUCCAAUGGUCAUGCUCAUUCUGCUCAGUGGAACAACGAUCUCUGUUCUGCUGGUGGUAUUGAAUAUUCUCUAUCUUCUCGUGGAUGAGACUGCAAUGCCCAAAGGGUCCACAGAUCGAGGAAUUGGCAACACCUCUCUGUCUACGUUUGGUGUGGCUCAAGCCGUGUUGGAGAUCAUUCUUAUGUUCUACUUGAUGGUGUCUUCCGUCGUCGGCUUCUACAGUCUGCGAGUCUUUCAGGGACUCACUCCGAGAAAGGAUGACACAACCAUGACAACGAUUAUUGGUUGCUGCGUGUCCAUCUUGGUCCUGAGUUCAGCAUUGCCAGUCAUGUCCAGAACAUUAGGCAUCACCAGAUUUGACCUUCUGGGAGACUUCGGAAGAUUCAAUUGGCUGGGCAACUUCUACAUUGUUUUGUCGUACAACAUGCUGUUUGCAGUUAUGACAACUUUAUGCCUAGUGAGAAAAUUCACAUCUGCAAUAAGAGAGGAGCUCCUGAAAGCACUAGGUCUGGAUAAAUUACAACUGUCAAACAGCCCCACAGACCCUGAAUCUGGUAAGCUCUCUGCAAAUGGCCAUCAGAAAACUCUGUGA